ACGAUCUACGUUAAAGUAAAACAAACUUUUGAUUUAUAUAAAAUAAGGUGUUCUUUACUUUUAAAAAAACUCAAAAAAUUCCGUUACUACAGUAUCAGAAGUGGGAUAUGAGCUUGAGUAUUGGUCAUCAGUAAUUUAAAUUAUUUGUGAGAAUCAAAAAUUCACAUUUUUCUGUCAACGUGUUUGGAUCGAAGAAAGCUGUAUGCUGAAGAAAUACGAAGACUUUUUUGAGGAGUUUGGAAGUUUAUCCCUAUGGUUCUUGCAUAGAAAAGGAGGAGAUAAAUUCGCAUACGGAAGAAGCAGCUGCCUUAUUGGAUACAACAAGUAUGAUUAUUCCAGAUCAGAGCCCUUUACAAACAGAUUCUGUUUUUCCGUCACUGCCGCUGAAUUCUUCAACGAAUUUGACUUUGAUGCAACGUGAAAUGAAACUUAUGAGAAGGGAGAGAGAUUUGCUUGCACGGGAAGUACGACUAUUACAACGUCAAAAUCAGGUUCAAGGACAUUCAAUAACAGGUUCAUCAAAUUCAUUAAGUUCUCAUUCCAACGUCAAUAUUAGAGAUAUUAGUGAUUUAUUAAGCGAAUUUAGUGGAUCUAAUCGCAAUUUCUAUCAGUGGGAAAAACAACUGCAACUCCUCAGUGCAACUUAUAAACUGAACGAUAACCUUGCAAAAAUUUUGCUCAGUUCGAAGUUGAGAAGCAAUGCUUUAGAAUGGUUUCAUUCUAAAUCAGAUCAUAUUGAAAUGAGUAUGGAAGACUUACUUAAAGAUAUGAAGCAGAUGUUUGACCAUCGACCUAACAGGUUAGAACGUCGAAGGCUGUUUGAAGAAAGAAAGUGGAAAUUCAACGAGGCAUUUUGUGAAUACUAUCACAAAAAAUUAAUCCUAGCUAAUCAAGUACCAGUGGACGAUGAAGAGGUGGUGGAUUAUAUACUUGAUGGAAUGCCAGAUUUGCAAUUAAGAACUCAAGCCCGCAUGAGGUGUUUGAAAACAUCAUCUGAAUUAUUAGAAGGAUUUAAUAAAAGUAGUCUUCAACUCCAGCUGACAAAGGUCCUUUUUCAAGAAAGUCGAUGUGAAUAUUGAUGAAAGAAACCGUAUUGAAGUAGGCUGUGCAUUAUACUCUGGUAGUCCGGCAAACUGACAGUUCGUAUUACAUUUGAUGAUGAGACGCGAGACAACAUUACAUUGCUUAUAUUUCCUGAUAGUACGAUGCGAUCUUCGUUAAUUUUAGGCCGAGAUACUUUAAGCAAAUUUGAAAUAGGUCUUACAAAAAUCAAAAAUAUUGGGGGAGUAGAAAUUGACAACGUCAAGAUAGAAUAUACGAAAUGCGAAACGGUGUAGUGUACCGGAAGAAAGGAAAUGACUUACUCUUCUAUGUCCCGGUAAGCAUGGAAAAAGACGUGCUUUUUAAAUACCAUUAUGAAAUAAAUUAUUUAGGUCCUUUUAAAACACGAGAGUGUAUUAGUAGGACAUACUAGUUUCUAAAACUACGGGAAAAAAUAGAAGAAGAACUUCGUAAUUGUUUUAAAUGUAUUAUCUUUUCUCCGUCAUCAGGAAAAGCUGAAGGUCAUUUUCAUAUAAUCCUGAAGGGUCACGUGCCGUUUUCGAUAAUACAUGUUGACCAUUUUAA